AAGACCUGGAGCCAGUUGGUCGUGGGUUUGGUGGGCUGGCAAGACACAGAGCUUUCUUGAAAGCUGCAGGAGCAAUCGACGGCUGUCAUGUCUGCAUCAAGCCACCGAGCGGCCCUGAUGGUCAGUGCUACAGGAACAGGAAACUGUUCCCAUCUAUUAUCCUGCAGGCUGUUUGUGACCAUCAGGGCCGCUUCAUUGACCCGGGCCAGCCCACGUAGGUGUCAGUGCCUGACGCACGAGUGCUCCACCACAGCCCACUGUAGAGGAGGUCAGUGUACCCUCCUCCAGGGCACUUUAUGCUGGCAGACGGAGGUUACCCAUGCCUCCGAUACCCACUCCCCCUCAUCACUCCCUACAAGAGGCCAGUACAAGGUGUGGGAGCCCACCACUUUAACGUCCAUCAUUCCAGGGCACGCUCCAUUAUAGAGCGUGCUUUUGGGAUGAUGAAGACCAGAUUCAGGGCCAUCUUCCUGCAAGUGCUGGAGGUGCACCACACCUUUGUACCUCACGUCAUAACAGCCUGUGCCAUCCUCCAUAACAUCUGCCUUGGGGUUGGUGACAUCAUGGCCCCGGAGGAGAUGGCAGAGGAGGAAGAGGAUGAGGGGGGGCAUGCUUUGGAGACAGUCAGUGGUGCUCCAUGGCGUGACCAGCUGUCUGCAGAGGUGUCUGCCCUGGAGGAGGUACCCGCUGACCACGACUAUUUGUUACAGGCAAGACAAUAGUAAAGCUAUGAUGCCUAAGACAAAAAUUGAUUGGACCAUAAAACUGUUUUGCACAGAAAUAUUUUAUAGUUUGUUUUGAGUAUGCAAGUUAAUUUAUCCUUCCCUUUCUGAAAACAUCUCAGCGACAUGACAGCCGUCGAUUGUGUCAGCCCUGCAAACCUGUUGGUAGACAACGCAAUGGACAGUGGAAAUAUGCUCUCAAACACUCAGGAGACCAUCCCAGAUGAUGUCCUACCAGCAGAGAGGCCUUACCAGGGUCUGUAUUGUGGCAGCCCGUCCAGGUCCAGCAGCUCCACCAGGGCCUUCCUGCUCAGCUGAAUGACAGUGUACACAAUGUUUUGUUCUGUUUUAUAUACUUUACUUGUAUGUUGUUUUUCUGAAGAUAAACCCAAGUUAUGUUGUUAAGUAGUUUCGUUAAUGUUUUGAAUUAUUUGUUUUAAUGUAGCAAUUUAAUUUGACACAUAAAUUUGAAUGCUUUUGUACAGGA